AUGCCUCCCUCUACAACCACAGCGGCCAGCAGUGCCGCAACUACCACUAGCAGUGAUAGUUCCGGCUCAGGCUCAAAUGCGACGAGUUCUCCUCUGCUGUUCUUUGUCGCGUUAGGAUUCGGCGUCGUCUUCACCAAUCUUUGGAUUAUCGUUGGAGUAAAAUACUGCUUCCGCUACAAUCAACGGAACCGCCAGUUACGCAAUGACGAGACGGGUGAUCCCAUAGACCUGGUCACCAUGCCUCGCGCCCAUCGGAGACGACGAGAAAAGAAAUUGAUGACCAUGGAUGAAGUAAACGAGCGAUUCCCCUUGAUGAAAUACAAAGUGUGGAGGUCGUCUCGUGCCAACCAAGGUCUUCCAACGGAAGGCGGUAUCACGGCUCCCAAUACCAGACCGCAGAGCCUCAGAGAUGCGGAUGGUGUUGCCUUGUCUGCGCCUGUUAUCAUUACUACAACUGCAACGUCGCCGCCAUCCCAUGAUGCAAAUGUGGAUCCGACUUUACGACCGACGGAAGUCGAUUCUUCCACCGGCGCCGCUGCCCCCUCUACCCAGCAAGAACCCAGGCUGAAUUCGACAGAAGAGAAGUGGCAACAUAACCUCAUCAAUGAACACGUCGAUUUGGAGGAGGAGGAGGAGGAGGAGGACGAUGGCGAUCAGAUUCGAAAAGCGGUGCCCGCCGAGUUGCUUCCUAACCCUGGAGAUUCGUGUGCAAUUUGCUUGGACAUCAUUGAAGACGACGAUGACAUUCGGGGACUUGCUUGUGGCCAUGCUUUCCAUGCCUCGUGCGUCGAUCCCUGGUUAACAAGUCGACGGGCCUGUUGUCCGCUGUGUAAAGCCGACUACUACGUUCCAAAGCCUCGUCCUCAGCCAGCCGAAGGGCCGUCUGCCUCGGAUCGACAAGGACGCCGUACUGUCUCGAGUCGCCUCGAUAGUCUUGCUAGACCCCCGCGUGCUGCGCAGCCUAGGAAUUACGCGAAUCCUUUCCGGAUGCAGAUGGUUUUCCCCGGUCGAUUAUUCCAACCAAUGUCCUCAGACUCACGAGUGCCACCUGUUUCAGUGGCCGGGCGCCCAGGAGACCCUUCCGAUGAAGCACAAGAUCUGGAUAGGCCGUCACCUCGAGGAAAUUGGACACGGUUCUUGCCCACGCGUCUACGAGGACGUUCAUCUCAGGGCCCUACUACUACUGAGGCUCAUGAGCCGGAGGCUCAAAUUGAUUCUGCCCCCAGCAAUCCGCCGGCUGGGCAACAGCGUACGCCGGGCCAGCUCGAAGCGGGAACUUGA